AACCCAGCUCACUCACUCACCCAAGCCUCCACCACUCCCACUCCACUCCACACAUCCCACCCCAAAAUGGGGAGGCUGCUCCCCCGCCACCCCUCCCUCCUCCUCGCCGCCGCCGUCGCGGCGAUCUGCAUCUCCAGCAGCCACCUCGCCGCGGUCCGGUGCGCGCCGGUGUACCGCCCCGACUACCUGGUGGACGGGAACCAGCUGGUGGACAUGCAGUACCACAUGGGCCCCGUCGUGUCCUCGUCGCCGACCAACCUCUACCUCAUCUGGUACGGGCGGUGGGAGCCCACGGCGCAGGCCGUGCUCCGGGACUUCCUCGCCUCCCUCUCGGCCCCGGCCCCUUUCCCGGCCGUCUCCGACUGGUGGGCCCGCACGCCGCGGAUGUACGCCGACCAGACGGGCGCCAACGUGACGGGCGCGUUCGCCGUCGCCGGGGAGCACUCCGACGCCGGCUACUCCCACGGCGCCUCGCUCCGGCGCAUCGACAUCCAGUCGGUGAUCCGGUCGGCGGUGUACGCGUACCCGGACCCGCUGCCGCUGGACCCCUACAGCGGCGCGUACCUGGUGCUGACGUCCCCCGACGUGCAGGUCGACGACUUCUGCCGCGCCGUCUGCGGCUUCCACUACUUCACCUUCGCGUCCGUGGUCGGGGUCACCGUGCCGUACGCGUGGGUCGGCAACAGCGGCGCGCAGUGCCCCGGCAAGUGCGCGUACCCGUUCGCCGCCGCCGAGUACGGCGGGGGAGGGCAGGCGGUGCUGCGGCCGCCGAACGGCGACCCCGGCGUGGACGGGAUGGUGAUCGUGCUGGGGCACGAGCUGGCGGAGAUGUCGACCAACCCGCUGGUGAACGCGUGGUACGCCGGGGACACGCCCACGGCGCCCACGGAGAUCGCGGACCUGUGCCUUGGCGUGUACGGCGAUGGCGGCGGCGCGGGGGGCCUGGUCGGGAACGUGUCCCGCGCGCCCGACGGCAGCGCCUACAACGUGAACGGCGUGAACGGCCGGCGGUUCCUCGUGCAGUGGCUCUGGAACCCCGUCCGCGCCGCCUGCUACGGCCCCAACUCCAGCUACUGACCGACGCCCUGCUCCCUUGCUCUUGGUUGCAAGGAGUGGUUAGCUCAGUUCGUCAUGCCAUUAAGCUCAAUGACAUUGCAGAAGAAAUCAAUGGGAUCCUGAAUGGCUGCUUGAACUGUGUGAGUUCUGAAUUUCUGAUCGAUCUGCACCUCAGUACUAGGAAACAGUGAGAAAAUGCCGAUUUGUUUCUUCGAUUUGUUUAGAUUUUGCAGCAUAAAGUAUUACUAUCGAUUUUCCCUGCUUUCUAGCACUUGAAUUUGGUUUGGUUUCAGCAUGCUGAAACAAAGUGGUCGCCUGCUUGAUUGUUCCCGUCUAGCUUUACCCCUUUUGACUCCGCAAGCUUUAGUCUGGUCAUCAUGGUAACUCUGCAGCUUGGUCUCCUGGCCUGAUGACCCUCCCUUUCCUAUCCCUUUCUUCUGAGAACCUGUUCCCCCCUCUUACUGUUGUAAUUACAGCGGACAAGCAUCGAAUUAGGAAGUGGACUAGUACAGUUUAAAGGA